UCACCCUCAGCCACGAUGAGUGAUGACAUACCACUGAAUUUAAAUUGCAAAUUGGCAAUAAAGUCAAUUCUGCCAAUCUUUAGAUGUCUGAAUUACCUGGAAAGGAGUGUAGAGAAGUGCAACAUAGUCAGCAGGUUGGAUAAAGGCAGAGUCGUCUUUCAGUUCUUCUGCAGGCAUGGCAUUAAAAGAACUCACAAUGUGUAUUUCCAAGACAGCCAGCCCUUGAAAAUUCUCUUUGAAAAGAGCUUGUGUGCGAAUAUCCUGACGAUUAAACCAAGAUUGCUGGCUGAGGCCAUUGCUCUUCUAACAUCAAAUCAAGAGGAAGUCACCUUCUCCGUUACUCCAGGGAACUUUUGCCUCAAGAGUUCAAGUGGGGAAUCACUCGACUUAACCAGUUCUGUGUACAGCGAGAUGUCUUUUGGCCCGGAAGAGUUUGACUUCUUUCAGGUGGGAUUUGAUACCGAAAUAACAUUUUGCUUUAAAGAACUGAAGGGCAUCCUUGCCUUCUCGGAAGUGACACACUCUCCCUUAGCUAUCUACUUUGACCUUCCUGGGAAACCGGUCGUUUUGAGCAUUGACGACAUGCUCUUGGAGGCGAACUUCAUCUUGGCCACGUUAGGGGAUUACCCAAGUAGAGUGUCUUCACCACAGUCGCUGUGUCUUUCCCAGGCACAAAGGUCAGACCCCAUUCAGUCAGAUGCUCAGGUGAGUAAAAGCCGAGCCUGCCAGGCCCCAGAGAGCAUCUCUCGAGCAGCACCCAAAAGGCUGUUUCCCAAGGAGCUGCUGGACAGCAGCUCUGCAGCAGAGAUCAAGAGAGCUAGCACCAACCAGGAUGACAUCUCCAUAGUGCCUGAAACUAUUGUCAGUGACAUGGAGAAAGAACCAGAACCUUCACACCUCAGAAAGUUUUCCUGUAUGUUCUUCGGAGCAGUUUCUUCUGAACAGCAAGAACAUGUUGGCCACCCCUUGGACAGCCUCGCCAAAGCAAGUGACAGUGAGGAGGACUCAGGUGGAUGCACGUCCACAGCCUAGGCUCAGUGAUAGCUGUACUGGGUGCUGGGCCUGGCUCCUUGAAGCCAAAUGAGAAUGGAGCACACUGUCCCAGGCUGCCCUGGAGAUGUACGUGCCUCUGCUCUUCCCAGUACCACAGUGCACUAAAAUCCAUGUGCCACGGAGGGGACAGAGCUGGCGGCACAGGAAUUAGCCAUUAGGGUUUAGACGCCUGUUUAUUCUGCAGCCUUGACAUGUCCUUGGCCGGCCCCCAAAGCAGACUUUCCUCAGCAUCGGGGUUGGUGGAGUUCUGUACCUGACUGUAGACAGCAGUCAUACA